AUGGCCCCCGCUUUGUUUCCUGCCCCUUUCUCGCGCGACGCGACGCGUCACACGGGGCAGCCUGAACGUACCCGCGACUUGGCGAUGGAGGAACACAUGACUAUCAAGGUGGUUGCAUUCGAGGUCGACGACACUUUGUGGUCCGGCACUUUGGAUAAGCACAAGUUUGGGAGCGGUCCGAAUGCGGCCCCAAAAAUCCAGGAUAACUUGGAACGCGUCGACGCGUGGUCGAUCCGGGAUAGAUCUCAACAUUCAAACUACAUCAGCCUUUUCCCGGACGUGCCAAACAUCAUACAUGAUAUAGUCAAGCGUGGCAUCAAGCUCGCCAUCGUGUCUCGGAAUUCCAGUAAAGAGCUAUGCGACAGAGCUCUGUACCUCUACAAGGCUGAAGAUGCAAACCGCGAUAGGAAGCCUAUAAUAUCCUUCGUGUUGUAUGACGAAGUCGGCGUAGGCGGGUUUAUUGCGCCUUGGUAUUGCGAUAUUGUCAAAACUUUCGGCCAGAUACGAGAAUGGAGCCAAGCUAAUUACAACGAAAUGGUCUAUUUCUCCAGCGAUUCGUCGAGUAAAGACGUCCACACAAGACUCGGCGUACGACUUCAGCUCGUUAGCAAACGUAGCGGCGUCAGCUGGGGCAUAUACCAGCAAGCACUCGGACUAGACAAUCCAUCUCAGGAUGACAGUCGCUACGACACCCCGUACUAUGGCCAACCCGCACUUGGCGAGCUACUGGGUCAAGGCAAAUUUGCCAAGGCUUACAACGCCGCGGGCGAUCCGGGAGCAGUUAUCAAAGUGAUGAAGUUCUGGUCAAAGGAACAACGCCACCGAUUUCUCGAGAUCUACAACGUCAUCAAAGACGGCCGCCCAUUCAAGCCCGGAAGCAGCAACGACGAUCAAUACCUCCUCAUGAUCGCCUUGGAACUACGGAACCUUGACUUGGUCGGGCAGCUCAAAGCGCCCAAACCGGCGAACAUGUCGGGGUGGUUUUCCAUGGUCAAGAUCGGAGGAACGCCCCUCUGGAAGACGCCCCUGUACCGGAAGCAUCCGUUCAGCGUCACCUUCCAAAGGUUUGUCAAGACCGCUUUUCACCUGGCCGUAGACGAAAUCGAGUAUCACGUCAAGAAGCACGGCAUCGAGCACCGCGAUGCCCACCUGGCGAACGUACAGUUCACGAUGAGCAAUGAUCAGCCUGUGAAGGCGCAUCUCCUCGAUUGGGGGAUCGCCGUUCGAAUGACCUUCGACGGGAGCAGAUACGUCCGUGGCGACGACGUUUUGGUUUGGCAAGCUAGUGAAGCCGGCCGAAAAUACACGCCUGAGGAAUUCCGCCGUUAUUGGAUUGCGUGGAUGGUGCAGACGGAAUACGAAGCGAACAUGAAGAGGGGGGCUAUUACGGAAAAGGAAGGGCGGGAGUUCCUGAAAGAUUUGGAUUGGUGGUUCGUGCGGAGCUAGGAGGGCAAAGUUG